AUGCCGCGUUUAAUUUCGGCUGCGCUUCUUGCAAUUGGGUUGACUUUGGUCAAUGGGAGUGCUUCGAAUAGUCAUGGGGCAAUCAAGAAACCCGGGCACUCUGCGGAGACCAGACAGCCCAACUUCGUCUUUAUCAUGACGGAUGAUCAGGACUUACAUCUUCACUCAUUGGACUAUAUGCCAAAGCUGCAGCGACACAUUGGUGACGAAGGCACGGUCUUUGAGCGCCAUUUUUGUACUAUUGCUGUCUGUUGUCCGUCGCGGGUUAGUUUGAUGACUGGCAAGCUGGCGCAUAAUACCAAUGUCACCGAUGUUUAUCCUCCAUAUGGUGGAUAUCCCAAGUUCAUCGCAGAAGGCCACAAUGAUAACUACCUGCCCAUCUGGUUACAAGAUGCAGGCUAUAACACAUACUACACCGGAAAGUUUCUGAACGCACAUUCAACUUCCAACUAUAACAACCCAUAUCCUAAAGGCUGGAACGGCACAAAUUUCCUGCUGGACCCAUCAACAUACAGCUACUGGAACUCCACUUUCCAACACAACCACGAUAAACCCGUUGUAUCGGAUGGCUACUCAACCGAUCUAAUCUCGCGCCAUGCUCUCGACUUCAUCGAAGAGGCCCAUGCCUCUGAUCGCCCGUUCUUUCUCGGGAUUACUCCCAUUGCACCGCAUGCGAAGACGGCCGAGGUAGAGGGUUCAUCGAUCCCAGCCUUCACUGAUCCAGUACCGGCCCCCCGACAUGCGAAUAAAUUUCCCAAUGCGAGGAUUCCGCGAGGAGGGAACUUUAAUCCAGAUACUCAAAGCGGUGCCAGUUGGAUCUUGAAUCUGCCCCAGCUCAACGCUAGCGAGGUUACGUAUAUGGAUGGGUAUUACCGCCACCGAAUUCAAUCCCUUCAAGCCGUUGACGAUCUUGUUGAGAGUGUGGUCAAAAAGCUCGAGGACUACGGCCUUCUGGAUAAUACCUAUAUCUUCUACACAUCCGAUAACGGAUACCACGCCGGACAGCAUCGUAUGGUUCCAGGCAAAGGCUGUCCCUACGAAGAGGACAUCAAUAUCCCUAUGAUUGGUCGAAAAGUUGAUUUUGUCACGUCGCAUACCGACAUUGCUGCGACUUUGUUCGAUUUGGCUGGUAUACCCUUGAGAGAGGACUUUGACGGAACCCCGAUGCCUUUGACAGCCUCGGAAAUGCGAGGCGCAAAGUCUGAUCCGCGAAGAGAGCACGUUUCUGUUGAGUACUGGGGUACGAAUCUCCAGGAGGGUGAUAUCGGCCGCGUCUCGCCAACGGGAGCUGGCGUAGUCUAUUAUAAUAAUACCUACAAAGCUAUGCGGGUUAUUGGGGACUCUUACAAUCUUUUCUAUUCUGUUUGGUGUACUGAUGAGCAUGAACUUUACGACUUGACAAAUGACCCAUACCAGAUGCGAAAUCUGAUCAACACCAAGAAAACAUUAUUGGGUCGAGAUAUAAAGAAAGUGAUAUCUCGAUUAGACGCCCUCCUGCUCGUACUCAAGAGCUGCAAAGGCUCGGACUGUACACUCCCCUGGCAGGUUCUACAUCCGAAUAAAAAGGUCACCAGUCUCUCCGAGGCACUAAGCUCCAAGUACGAUAAAUUCUACGCUGCGCAGCCGGAUAUCAGCUUCUCGGCAUGUGAGCUGGGUUAUUUGCCGGGGUCGGAGGGGCCGCAGGAGGGGUAUGCGUAUCGACGGGGUGGGGAUUGGAGUUAUUGGGCCUAG